UGUGCUCACUUGUCAGUUGAGUUUCGCCGCGAUCGGUUGUGGUUGUUCGUUUAUCCGGUUUUAUACUCUCGUCGCCCGCCAUUAGUUCGAGUAAUCUCCACCACUUUGCGAUCAGGCCGCACGUCAUCGCCAGACGUGUUGUUCGAUUGACUAUUGCGAAUAAUACAAAUAAAAGUACGACUACGAAAACGUCGUAUCUAUAACUUUAUCCCAACAAAGACCACAGAAAUAAUCGGGAAUGACGACGACGAACAUAACGAAGAGUCCACGCCCGCUGAAAAUCACCAUCGUGGGCGAUGGCAUGGUGGGCAAAACUUGCAUGCUGAUAACCUACACGCAGAACGAGUUUCCCGAGGAGUACAUACCCACAGUGUUCGACAAUCACGCCUGCAACAUAGCCGUAGACGAUCGGGACUACAAUCUGACCCUCUGGGAUACGGCCGGACAGGAGGACUACGAAAGACUGCGGCCGCUGAGCUACCCAAAUACAAACUGUUUCCUGUUGUGCUAUUCGAUCAGCAGCCGCACCUCGUUCGAAAACGUCAAGAGCAAGUGGUGGCCCGAGAUCCGUCACUUCUCAGCUAAUGUUCCCGUGGUUCUGGUGGGCACAAAACUGGACUUACGCAUCCCCACGGAGAAGUUCGUGACCACACAGGAGGGCAAGCGAUUGCGCAAGGAGAUCCACGCCUCCAACUUGGUCGAGUGCUCGGCCAAGAAGAAGCAGAACCUGCAACAGGUCUUCGAGGAGGCGGUUCGAGCCGUUGAGCGGAAACCAAAGACGCCGUCCAAGCCAUCGUGCACAUUACUGUGAACUAAGUGUAUGCCUAAUGUUUAAUAUUGUUAUUAUGCGUAAUGUACUAUGUAACUAAUUCGUAUGACUAUUUGUGCUUUGUUUUCGCAAAAAAAGAAAAACUGUGUAGAAAAUCUAACGUUAAGUUCUUAUAAUUUAAGUGCCACUUGUGUAAAACCAUAUAUUUUACAUGCAACCAAAGGGCAUUACUUGUAAAAAGAAGAAAUAAAAAACAACACAAAAUGAAAAUGA